AUGCAACAAUCUAUUAUAAAUAGGAGUCAUCAAAAUUAGAGUUUAAGAAAUUCAACUCAUCAAAAUACAUCUUCAAAGACAGUCACAGCUUAUUAAGAAUAUAUUGCAAAUCGCUAAUCAGCUUCCAAAAGUCUCUCUUAGGUGUGCUAUAAUUGUGUGAAUAAUGAAAUCUCUGACUAAAAGAAACACCUUAAAUAGAAAAUAAUUGAAUAAGAUAAGGCUUAUGUUCAAGAAAUGACUAAAUCAAUCAUCAAAUAAUAAGAAGAGGAGAAUACUUAGAUCAUAUAAAAGAAAUUAAAAGAAAGAGAAUUCUUAUAAAAAAGUUAUCAAGAAAGCCAAAAAUAUAGGGAAGAAAGAAAAAGCAAAGAGAAACAAGAUAAUGAUAAGUUGGCAUAAUAAAUUAAAAAAACCGAUAUUUUAGAUUAAAAUAGAAUCUAAUAAGAAGUCAUCCAAUCGUAUUACAAAAAGAAAUAGUUUAUGGAAGGUUUGAAUGAGUAAAUUAAAAAUAGAAAAAUAAAAACACAAGAUGAUAGUCAGAAUGAAUGGUUUAAAGUGGGAGAUGAGGAAAAAGCCGAACAAAUUAUUUAUUAAAAAAAGAUUAUUGAAAGGAAUUUAUUAAAACAACAAAGAGAUGAGUCAUUAAAAAUGAAAGAAUCUGUCUUAAUUGAGUAAGAAAAACAAAGAAAAAAAUAAGAAAGAUAGCAAGCAGAUUAUUAACAUUAGUUAGAUUAAUAAAUUAAAUUAGCAGAGCAAGGAAAAAAAAGAAUGAUAGAAACUUAAUAUUCAAAGUACUUAUAGAAAGCCAUUUAAGAGCAAAAGGAAAAAAAAAGAAAUGAGAGGAUAAUGACUGCAGAAGAAUAUAGAUUGAAUUGUGAAUUAAUCAAUAAGCAAAUACAAAACAGAGAAGAGAGUGAGCAAAAUCAAGAGGUUUAAAAGAAAUUGUAAUACAUUGAAGAAUUGAAUUAACAAUACAAAUAAUAAUUAGAAAUAAAAGCUAAAGAUAAAUAGAAAAAUAGAUAUAUUGAAUAAAAGUUAUAAGAAUCCAAUAAGAAAUAUGAAUAUUUAAGAAAAGAAUUGGAAAAACCUAAUGUUAAGCCAUGUUAGAAAUGUAAUAAAAGUUAUGAUGCAAAAUGCCUAUCCAAAAGUAAAAUAUUUUGA